AUGCUGGGAGCACGACCGAAACUCCGCUACGUCCACGAAUGGGACGGACGGACUUUCCACUACCGUCCUAUUCCGCCACAAGGGCCUGCUAAUAAGGAGGACCUGCUCAACGCCAUACCGUGCAUCGGAACACCCGUCUCCUUCCCUCUCGGCGACGAACAUGGCAGCCAUUUCCUCGCCCACAUCUCCGCCCUCGUCUGCAUAGGCAAGAACAGGCGCUGCACAAUGCUAGCUACCGAAACCGAAUGCCAUCAGCUCCGCGAUAAAGUCUUGCAACGUCUGCUUGACUACGAACUGCGGCAUGACUGGAACCUGGACCGCGCGGUGGCGAGGAAGGGGUUGGAAAUGUGCUGUCCGCGCGCUACGGACAAAGCGGUCGGUGACGAUGGGCGCGUGUUGCGGUUCACGGGGACGUACGUCGUACAGGCUGUCAGGAAGUUCCUGGGUUGUAGGGAGAGUCGGUGGUUUUGGCUGAGGGAUGAGCCGGUGGCUGAUACGCGGGCGGAGGGCUUUGUGAUCGAUUUGAGGGACCGGAGCGCGCGGAUGAUUGGGUAUGAUUAG